GAGCGGCCGGCCUUGGCUGCGAGGCCUUAACCCGGCUAGCCGCCGUGCUCUGUGUGUGGGUGGGCCGCGGGUGGGGUAGGAGCCUACAUGGGGUGGUAGCGAUGGAUGCCUUAAAAGAAGAGAGCUUUGCGCUGCCUUUCUCCUCCGCCUCUGAUGCAGAAUUUGAUGCUGUGGUUGGAUAUUUAGAGGACAUUAUCAUGGAUGACGAGUUCCAGUUAUUACAGAGAAAUUUCAUGGACAAGUACUACCUGGGGUUUGAAGACACAGAGGAGAAUAAACUCACCUACACACCUAUUUUUAAUGAAUACAUUUCUCUGGUAGAAAAAUAUGUUGAAGAACAGCUGCUGGAGCGGAUUCCUGGAUUCAGCAUGGCAGCUUUCACCACAACAUUACAGCAUCAUAAAGAUGAAGUGGCUGGUGACAUAUUUGACAGGCUGCUCACCUUUACAGAUUUUCUGGCUUUUAGAGAAAUGUUUUUGGACUACAGAGCAGAAAAAGAAGGCCGAGGACUGGAUUUAAGCAGUGGCUUAGUGGUGACAUCGUUGUGCAAAUCAUCAUCUGUGCCAGCUUCCCCAAUCUGCAGCACUAGGUCCUACCUCUAGCCAAUGAAUGGGAUCAUUCUGAUGUCAUCGGCCCAAUAGCCUCAGCUCAUGACGACAGAAUACAUCUUAAAAAGACUG